UCGAGCAUGACACACGUGUUGGCACUUGUCAAUACCAUAGACGCCGUCUGACAAGCUGCCGGUAUCUGCACAUUUCGGAAGUCGUACGUAUUAGUUAGUCUUCCUGAUAAGAAGUCCAGCAUCCUCCAUCCAGAUGAGAUCAGGAGGAAGGAAAGGGAAGUCCAAGGCAACACUGCCUACCCACAAUGUCAAUAAACCUGCCAUGUCGGCCACGGGAAAAUCGGGCCGCUCCUUCCCUCUCUCACCGUACAUGGUACUGAUGUCAUUGCUGUUCUGGACGUUCAUCGCCUACUUGUCUUUCAAAGGUUUUCAAUACCUCGCUGUACACCGCACCAUCAACGACGAUGACCUGGAUGGCUUUUGCGAUGCCGUGUUCAGUAAAACAUAUUCCGAAAACGUUAAGUUUGUCAAUUCAUACCCUAAAGGAGAGGCAGGACCGUAUAUCAGUCGAAUUGGCUCCCAAAAAUAUGCAGACACCUUUCAAGGGGAGGAAGCUUUAAAGGAACUGACGAAGAUCCCACCUAUUGUGACAGCUAUUACGUCACAUGACUUCUGGAUAUUCCAGGGCCUUAUCAAGCAGAUCUCGGAGGGAAAUAAGAAGGGUAUGGACCUACACCUGGUUGUUUUUGAUAUCGGUCUAUAUGCCUCGGAGCUCGACCUGAUGAAGAAACAAUGUAAUUGUGAUGUGAGGAAGUUUGAUGUCAGUGUUUACCCGCUACAUGUAGCGGAUAUCAACAACAAAGCCUACCGCCCUAUCAUAAUCCAGUUGAUGCUGGAAGAAUUUGGUUCUGCCAUCUGGAUGGAUCCGGACACCCGUCUGCAGUCCGUGUCCGACCUGACUAUGUUGAAGUACCGCGGAGCUCGUAACUUCUUUCUGUGGGAGACCAGUGUAUUCACCGGCCUCAUUAGUUACACCAGUCCGGAAAUGUUUAAAUUUCUGGAUGAGAGGAGAUGUGCGUUCAUUGACUAUGGUAUGAUGGACACGAAGACAAUGGUGUUUUACCGUACAAACCAAACUUGGACGGGGGUGAUGAAACCAUGGUUGAAAUGUGCCUUAAAUAAAGACUGUAUCUCCCCACCCAAUGCUCGGAACAGCGAGUGUUUUCAUUACAGAAGGCCGAAAUGGACAGGCUGCCAUUGGUACGACCAAUCAGCAUUUAGCAUCAUCGUGAAUCGUGUAUUCCAGUUUAGUACUCAUCCAGACCAGUAUUCAGUUCCGCGGUUCACAUGGCACAAAGAUGUAGAGGUUGUGUAUUACUUUCCUGAGCAACCCUGGACUUACAAACAGCUGGUAGCCAUGGCAUUAUCACCAUUUAUAUGCUGUGGAAUAAUCUGGUUUUUGUAUUUGAAAAGAAAGAGGGGAUCCGACCCUCUUCUACCAAAUAAGUCUUAUUAUAAGAAGCGGUAACAUAACCGAUGUUGUAUUAUAACUUUACAUUUUGUAUGAUAUUGAUAUACCUUAAUUAGGUCGCUAUCAACGAAUCACUGCUGGGGGUACAGGCAUAUGGUACGAUGUAUGGGAAGGCCUUAAAAGGUAUCAGGAGGGACCAAUAUUGGGGUAUAUAACUGUAUAUAUUGUAACUUUGCAGGGCUGAAAUUGGAGCCUAUUUUAGUGGCCAUAGCCUUAAAUUCACCAUUGGUGACCAGUUAUUGACCUAUAAGGCGCCUGCAUGGCCACUGAAAAAUGGUGUAAAGCAAUUUGGUUAAUCUUUCAAAGGUUGGCCAGGUGACUAACUUAAAUUUCCAAUUGGCUUCUAGAUUUUAUGAAUUGGUAGUCAAAUAGGCCACCUGUUAAAAAUAUCCACUUUGAGCCCUGCUUUGAUAAAUACUAGCUACAGUUUAACUCCAGGUGACAGAAAGCCUCUCUUUAGUGCGGUCAGUUGAGAGUGAGGUCCAGGGUUUGAUCCCAGCUAGUGGAGUCUGCAUGAUCUAAAUUUAAUUAAUCGUGCGAUAUGUUAUGAUGGCUUCCAUGUUUAUGACCUGAGGAAAAUACUCUAUGACAAGUUCUUUCCUGGAGGGGGAGUGUGUAACUUUAGGAUAUACUAGCGGCAAUAUAUCACUCGGCUUGAACGGUUGAGGAUAAGACAAAAAAAGUCUAUAAAGCUAGAAGUCGUGGGUUCGAUCAGGAGGUAGUUCGUUAUUUGAAUUUAAUUAAUUAAUCAUGUGCUCUGUUACAAUAUACAUAUAAUAUCUAUGGUAUCUAUUUUUCCCAUA